AUGCGCAAGCGCAAUAUGCCCUUUGGAGUUUCCCGAUCUUUUUUCCGGGUUUUCAGUUCAGCCUUCCGGAGAAGGAAAGAAGGAGGAGGGAGACAGUGCGAGCGGUCGAGAAGCGCCGGCCUGGCGGAACGCGGCGGCGGGCGAAGACCGCGAGGCCACGGGGAGCGGCCGGGUCUCCGGCGGCGCGCCCUUCGGCCAGGCCGGGAGUCGCGCCAGGCUGAACCCCCGGCCGACUGCAAGCCACCCGGGUCUCAGCGUAGGUCCGUACGGAGCAAGGCCAGCGGACAUGACCGAUCCACCAGGGGCUCCGCCACCGCCACCGGCGCCCGCAGGCCGCGGGUGAAGAAGAAAGUACAAGUCCUCACAGCCAGGAGCGACGAGAUGGCCAAGAACAAGGAGAUGGCCGGGAGCGAGAUGGCCCGGGGUGAGGAGAUGACCCAGAGUGAGGAGACGGCCUGGAACGAGGAGACAACCAAGAACGUGGAGACGACCCCGAGCGAGGAAACAGUGACCGAAAGUGACGAAAUGGCGGCGACCGGGCUCGAUGUGACUGUCACCCACAGUAAUGAGAAGUAUGACCUUCAUGUUACCCCACAGCAGGGCACUGGUGAACCAGUUGUCCAAGACCUGGCCCAGCUUGUUGAAGAAGCCACAGGGGUUCUGCUGCCUUUUCAGAAACUCAUAUUUAAGGGAAAAUCUCUGAAGGAAAUGGAGCAGCCAUUAUCAUCACUAGGAAUACAAAGUGGAUGCCGGGUCAUGUUAAUUGGGAAAAAGAACAAUCCGGAGGAAGAGGUUGAAUUAAAGAAGUUGAAAGAUUUGGAGAAAGCUGUAGAGAAGAUAGCUGACCAACUGGGAAAGUUGAGUAAAGAUUUUGCUGGAAUCCAGCAGGGUUUUCUGGCCAAGGAUUUGCAAGCUGAAGCUCUCUGCAAACUUGAUAAGAGAGUAAAAGCAACAAUAGAGCAGUUUAUGAAGAUCUUGGAGGAGAUCGACACUCUGAUUCUGCCAGAAAAUUUCAAAGACAGUAGACUGAAAAGGAAGGGCUUGGUGACAAAGGUUCAGGCGUUCCUAGCUGAGUGUGACACAGUGGAGCAGAACAUUUGCCAGGAGACAGAACGGCUACAGUCCACAAACUUGGCCCUGGCAGACUGA